AUGGCUCCGGCACGCCGUUUCGCUAACCACCCCGGAACGAAAGAGGCACCCGCUUCUGCCCUCGAGUAUCGCUUCGACAAUGACGAGAACCCCGCGCUGCGGGGAUUGCCUCUUGUGUUGGCCUCGCUUGUAGCUUCAAGCUCAGAGUGGGUUCAGAAACUCCUUUGGACAAACGCCAAGUUCAGCCAGUUGAGGUACCUUCCAGGCUUGGAGCAAACGAGCUGGAGGCUGGAGCCGAACGUGAUUCCCCUUGGCGAUGGCAGCUCUCCGGAAGGCAUGCUUGAGCUGGGACCCGAGCUUCAGCAGCCCCAGCCUGCGCAUCUCCCCGGCAGAUUUUACUCGGUGGCCGACUACCACGAGCUCUACAAGUCCGGGGAAGCCACCCCGCUGCAGCUGGUCGAGACGCUCCUCCCGCUCAUCAGGCGGGACGUGCAGCCUCAGUCCAAGUAUGCGGUGGCCUGGACACAGACCAAUGUGGACGAGGUCCUGGCCGCCGCCAGGGCGUCGACUGAACGUUGGGCGGCGGGAAAGCCCCUUGGCCUUCUGGACGGCGUCCCGUUUGGUGUCAAAGACGAUACCGAAGUAAAGGGCUACGUCUCGAUGAUGGGCAUGAAGGUGAACAAGGCCGAGGAGUAUUUUAACAGGCCUGAGGAGAAAACCGUCUGGCCAGCGAAGAUGCUCGAGGAGGCGGGCGCUAUCAUGGUAGGAAAGAUGAACCAGCAUGAGAUUGGCAUGGACACGACCGGCUGCAAUCCGACGACUGGGACAGCUACCAAUUGGUACAAUAAGCUGUACUAUCCCGGUGGAUCGUCGUCUGGGGCAGGUUCGGCUCUUAGCGCUGGCAUCGUUCCCAUAACUCUUGGGACAGACGCGGGAGGCAGCGUGCGAAUUCCAUCAGCAUUUUGCGGCGUGUAUGGCCUCAAGACCACUUUCAACCGGCUAUGCAACAGGAAUUCAGCCUUCUGCGUCAUUGGGCCUCUAACAUCGACAGUGGCGGAUCUAACGAUUGCAUACCGGUUCAUGUCGCAACGGAAUCCGGAUGACCCUGCCCAGAACCUGUUCGCUGUCUCAAUGCCCCCAGAGCCGUCAGCCAAAAAGUACCUUGGCAUCUGUCGAGAUUGGAUAGCCAUAUCGGACCCGGAUGUGAGAGGAAUCUUUGACACAACCUUGGCCCACCUCACCUCGCAGAUGGGUUACGAAGCGGUCGAUAUCAAGCUUCCCUAUCUCCGCGAGGGACAGCUUGCCCAUGCUUGCUCUGCCACCACCGAGGCGGCCAGUCACGCUCAGGCGCGCGUCAGGGAUCCGGCGCGGUAUCUCGGCCCCCUGAAUCACCCGAACCGCAUCGCUGUCUCCGUGGGGUCGCAGACGCCAGCGGCCGAUCUCUUCAGGUACGGCCAGAUCCGGCAAGUCAUUAUGGAGCACCUGGCCUUCCUCUUCGACAAAUAUCCAGGCUUGCUGGUGCUCACGCCGACGACGCCCAUGGCAGGAUUGCCAAUCCACCCGGGCGACCAGAAGUACGGGUUUACCGACGCCAACGUGACCAUCAGGGCCAUGUCGUUUGUGUGGUACUCCAACAUGAGCGGCUGCCCGGCUGUGAGUUGCCCCGUCGGCUACGUCGACCCGGCACAGGGCGAGGGCAAGCUGCCCGUUGGCGUGAUGGCCAUGGGGGAGUGGGGCGCCGAGGAGCAGCUGCUGGCGUUUGCGAGAGACACGGAGACGUACUUGAACCACGUAUACCCCGGCGGCAGGCAGAGGCCGGCCGAGUGGGCUGAUGCGAUCGCCAUGGCGAAGGAAAAUGCCGCGAAGAAAGGGGAUAAAUGA